UAGUUGCUUUUUAUAUUCCCUGUUUCAUCAUUUACAGUCUUGCAGUGCUACUCUUCAAGCCAAUCAUUCUAACUUGAACAAACUUUACAUCCAUUCUCAUAACAAAACCAAGUUCUUUAGUACUAACUAGAGGAAUUAAUUCCAAUAUUAUGGAAUUAGUUGAAGAAGUGGUGAUUGUAGGAGCUGGAAUAGCUGGACUUACAACAUCUUUAGGGCUUCACAGGCUUGGAAUUCGAAGCUUAGUGUUGGAAUCAUCAGCCGGUUUGAGGGUCACAGGAUUUGCUUUCACAACAUGGACUAAUGCUUGGAGGGCAUUAGAUGCUGUUGGUAUAGGUCACUCUCUCCGACAACAACAUGGAUUCCUCGAUGGAUUAGUUGCUAGCUCUAGUGUUGUGAGCAAACCUGGCACACAGAUAUCUUUUAAGGUCAAAGGGACUAUUGGAGACCAUGAGGUUCGUUGCGUGAGAAGAAAAUUGUUACUGGAAGCCCUUGAAAAAGAACUCCCAGAUGGUACCAUAAGGUACUCCUCCAAGGUGGUUUCUAUUGAAGAAUCAGGCUACUUAAAGCUGGUGCAUCUUGCUGAUGAUACCAUCAUCAAAACCAAGGUAUUGAUUGGUUGUGAUGGGGUGAACUCAGUGGUGGCAAGAUUUAUAGGCUUCAAGAAGCCAGCUUUUGCCGGCCGAUCAGCUAUACGGGGUUAUGCAGAUUUUAAGGUUAAUCAUGGCUUUGGCUCCAAGUUCCUGCAGUUAUUUGGCAAAGGGGUUCGAUCAGGUUUCCUCCCUUGUGAUGAUACAACUAUAUACUGGUUUUUCACUUACAUUCCCACUGGCCAGGACAAAGAGCUAGAGGAUAACCCAACCGAGAUGAAGCAAUUUGUGCUGAGCAAACUCGGAAAUGUACCUGAUCACGCGAGGACAUCUGUGGAAAUCACUGAGCUAGAUAGCAUCACAUCAUCUCCUUUAAGGUUUAGGCAUCCAUGGGAGGUUCUAUGGGGAAAUAUAAGUAAAGGCAAUGUUAGUGUAGCGGGUGAUGCUCUCCAUCCCAUGACACCAGAUAUUGGCCAGGGUGGGUGUGCUGCUUUAGAAGAUGGUGUUGUUCUAGCUAGGUGCCUCGCCGAGGCCUUGAAGAAGGAGUUAAAUGUGGAAGGUAAAGAGAAAGAGAGAGAAGAAUACAAGAGGGUUGAAAUGGGGUUGAAAAAAUACGCAGCGGAGAGGAGAUGGAGAAGUUUUGAGCUCAUAAGCACUGCUUAUAUUGUUGGUGCUAUACAACAAGGUGAUGGAAAAAUAAUGAACAUCUUGAGAGAUGCAUUUUUGGCUAAAUUUCUUGCUGGAUUGCUACUAAAGAAAGCUGAUUUUGAUUGUGGAAAGCUCAAUAUUUCUUGAUCCUGCUCUUGUCCUUGUAAUCCGUAAAAUCUCUUAUUAUGAAUUAAGAUCCUGCCGUGUUUUUCUUUUUGUAAUUUUUCUUGAUGCAAUCGGUAAGCUUCGAAAUAAAGAUAAGCCUUUUUAUUUAUGUUGGAUUCAAUAAUUGUAUUAUGUUCUUCAUCCAUUACGUUUGUUAAUGCAAUCCGUAUAGUUCAAUAUACAA